AGAACACCAACUUCACGGUCACCACGGCAGAGGAAGGGGCGCUUCCCAUCGCUGUGGUGGACGUAAGCUCCUUGUCUGUGUGGGCUUGGUCGCGGUGGGCAUGCUGAUUAAUAUGGCAGCACUUGCAACUUAGUAAAAAGAUUGGGCGCUUCUGCGUCAAAAAGUGCACAGUGGGCAGGAGCAUCCGCACCAGCUGUUGCUUAUGAUUAAGGUGAUGGAUAGCUACAAUAGGAGGACUGUGGAGAUUCCCAGUGGCGGCGCUCUUCUCUAUCUGCCUUUAACAAGAUAUUUGCUUAGUGCGCGCUUCAGCGGAGUAUUGUGAGGGUCUAGGACAGAGGUCCUGCUGCCAAGAUGGACGCAGCACGAGCGGAGCGUGUGAUUCUGCACAUUGAUGUUGACUGCUUCUAUGCUCAAGUGGAGGAGUCGCGGCGACCGGAGCUCAAGGGGCGCCCUCUGGGGAUCUACCAGAAGUUCCUGGUAGUGACAUGCAACUACCCCGCUCGCGCCGCUGGGGUGGCCAAGAUGUGCCCCAAGGAGGACGCGCUGCGCGUCUGCCCCGAUCUAGUUCUCGUCAACGGCGAGGACCUGACCCCCUACCGCGCAGUCAGCAAGCGGAUACUGGAGGUGAUGCGCCGCUUUGGCGUCGUGGAGCGGCGCGGGAUGGACGAGGCGUAUCUAGACGUGACAGAAGAGGUGCGGAAACGGCUGAGUCUCGCAGCGGGCCCGAACCCGCUCUAUCGCGGCUUCGUUGGCAAAGUUCUGGCGGGGCCCACCGAGAAUCCGGUCUCUGGCACGGGGUUAGUCAGACUUGAUCCGCCGACCAAUUCUCAAGCGACACCAAGGGGAGAGCCCGGCCUCCGUUCUGUUCCUGCGGCGAAACCGGAGGCGUCAGCUUCGGUGACCUUCAGUGGACGGGCACAAAAUAUUGGUUCGGAUUUAGAGAACGACCGAACCGCCAGGGAAGGGGGGUCCCCGAUUGGGCCUACGGAGGGGGGUGGCCGGGGGGAUGGGUUGACUCACAUUGAAGCAAGGCAGGAUGGGGAGAGAGAGGUGGCGUUGGAAGAGCCAGAAAAGGAAGCGGAAGUUGCGUUCGCAGAGAACGGCAGGAGUUCUGGCGAGAGGAACGACCGUGUCGAACUAACGAAGCGGUUCGUCCCGCCUGGAUGGUGGCCGCUGAUGCGGCCGGAAGCUCGCGAACGGGGGAACGCUGACGUCAUCAUGGGCGUCGAUGGGCUUCUGUUAGAAGGAGCGCAACCGAUGAGAGCCCCUUCCCCUGAAACCGCAGACCCAAACAACCCAGAGUCUUCUUUGCUCCCCGCAGGACCGCCAAUUCUGCCAACCUCUCAAUCUGGAGCCGCCCUUGCUCCUUCAAUCCCAACUUCUCAAGCCUUCAACCCAGAGAACAUCGAAUCUGGAACCUUCAACCCAAGAAGCUCAUUUCACGAAGCUUCACAGUGCCAUUCUGUGCAGCGUCCGUCCCUCAGCCCUGGGUUUGCAAACGACUCCUCUGACCCUCCCCUUAACCGCCCAGUAACUCCGCCCGGUCGAUCGCAAUACGGCUCGCUGGCAGAAGCGUUCGGCAGCGUCCUGAAACCACAAGAAAGAAGCCCAGGGAACAUACCAACCGAAACCGGGCCCCCGAGAAAGAAGGCGCGAUCGGAGCCGGAAGCCGGUUUCGGAACGAAAACUCCAAGCUGGUUGGACUGGAGGAACGAGGCCGAUCCGGGGUUACCAACCGGGACGCCCUCACCCGGGCACAUCUCCGCCGGCAAAACCGCCGGGGGGAAGCUUCCCGGGCACUGGUCGGACGUCCGUCAAGUGCGGUUCCAGGUGCCAGCUCCGGAGGGCGUCCUGAAGACGACCGAAAAGCUGGACUUUGGUGCUGACGUGGCGGGCUCCGAUUGGCUGCUGCUGGUGGGCAGCCACGUGGCAGUAGAGGUGCGGGAGGCAGUCUGGGCGGAGGUCGGGUGCCGCUGUUCCGCGGGAGUCGCGCAUAAUAAGAUGCUCGCGAAGCUGGCGAGCCCGAUGAACAAGCCGAACGGGCAGACGACGAUGCUGGCGGGGGCGGUGGCGGAUCACAUUCAAAACCUGGCGGCCAGAAAGAUCCCAGGCAUCGGCUGGAGCUACGACGCCAAACUACGCGAGAUGAAGGUCGACACCAUCGGCGACCUGCAAAAGCUCGCGCUCUCCGAACUGGAAGACAAGUUUGGCGCGCGCGUGGGGAGCAUGAUUUACCAUUGCUGCCGGGGGAACGACACGAGCCCGGUGGAAGAUAAGGGCCCGCCCAAAUCGCUGUCGGUGGAGGACUCGUUCCGGGCGUGCCUGAACCUGAAGCAAGCGGAGGGUAUUGUGAAGGCCCUCGCCCCCGACUACAUCGAACGCCUGGACGAGGAGCGGGACGAUACGGGGAGGCGGCCCAAGACGCUGACCGUCAAGUGGCGCCAAAAGGGAGCCAGCUAUCAGGGCCAGUCGACCUCGGGUCCUAUGCCCCUUGACAUCGUCGCGACGAGCCUCCCAAAAGCGCGGCGGGAAGAAGCGCUCAUUCGAUCGGCGAUGUCGCUUCUCUCGAAAGCGUUUGCCGGGAAGAAGUUUCACCUGGUGAAGCUGAACGUCGGGGCGACCAACUUCGUGGAAGAAGCGGCGAAGGGGACGCCCUCGUUGUUGAGCGCGUGGGCCAGGAAGGAGCGGAGCGGAACUGGAGCGGUACGGAAAGAUUACCUGCUCGAAGGGGGCAGAGGAGGAGGCGAGGAAGCCAGCAGAGGGGAUGCAGCGACUGGGACAAAAGUGGGGGAAGCUGUUGGGGGUAUGAGGCAAAACGGAAGCGAAACGGGACGGAACGGGGUUCCGUUGUUGCAAACCAAACUGGAAGCGGACGGACUCCAGUUGGGAGGAGUGACCAAUCAGGAGCCUGAGGUUGCUUUGAGUAGCGGAGUCGAAAUAAACAACACAGCGGGUGGUUCCGCAUCAAUGCCGGAAGACGAGGGGGAGAACGGCAGCGGAGUGAUACCGCCGGAAUCAGGCGGAGCCGGAAGCUUCGGCAAUGGUUUAGCGGCAGACAAGAACUCGUUCGGAACGACGGAAAAGCUGCUAAGGGAGGAUUUGGACGUCGGGGCAACCGCCCUUCUAAGCAGCCCGUAUGGGGUGAAAAGUCCGAGGGUUUCGGGGGCCUAUGCGGGUUCCGUGCUGCAUGCAAACGUCGGCAGUAAGCGGGAAGCGAGAGCAACUAGAGAGGCGGCGGAAGGCGUGAAGCCUGUGCUUGGGAACGGGCAUGCGGAGGCGAAAGCGCCUUGGUUCGCUAACCCGGGUGGGCUAGCCAGCCCGGGGGAAGAACUUGACGACCGGUUUGUGUCUGCGUGGGAUCUGGAAGAAGGGCGCUUCGGCGACCGGGGGGGAAGGGUUCCUGGCCGGGGGUUUGACUUAGAGGCUGGAGAAGAGAGCGAUGAGAGAGAGGAUCUGUGGGAAGAUCUACAGUCAGUAAGAUUGGAAAAGCGAGGUUUGCGGGCCGACCCACGGUCGGUCAGUGGGGGUCCGUCCGUUCAAGGGAGAAACGGAGAGAGCGCUUCACAUGCGCCGCAGCUUACAAACGGAUUUGCGCUGGGGCUGGUGCAACAGAACGAGGUGAAGCGGAGCCAUCCAGCCGGAUUGAGAGCUGACGGCGGGUUGCUCGGCUCGGAUCGGAACACCUUCAGGGAAGCGAACGGAGCGAACGAUGAGGAGCAGUCAGAAGCAGUUGACUACGAAGCAGCAAGCAUUGAAGCGAAGGGUCUCGAAAAGGGGAACCCGUAUCCGUCUAGACACGGUUCAUCGUUCGCGACGAUCAGCCCUGUCCCGUUGAGUCCUGACAAAGCAAAAAGUCUCACGGCAACUUCAAAGCAGGUCGAUCAGGCACGCCAUCCCAGUGGCAAUACUCUCGUUGAGGCGUCGACGAGCGUAAACUAUGGGACCUCGAAUCAAAAGAGUUUAGCAGUCAAAGCUGGUGAAAAGUGUUCAGUGUGCGGAGAAUCGCUCCCGGCUGAGCCGAGUGCACGUCGCGAGCAUGUCGACUUUCACGUUGCAAUGAAACUCCAGAAAGAGGAGGAGAAGAUUGGGAAGUUGUUCAAGGAAGUAGGAAGUCGAACAGGGGUUACAAAGGGAGUUACUUCGGGUCAAGGCAAGCCGUCUAGAGUGGUGUCGAACGGGAGAGCUCCCAAACGCACCGUACAAACUCUAGAGGCGCUGUGGAAACGAUCGUAAUUAAGGACUUGUAACAAUCACCGUCACUCGUUGCGCCGCUUUCGUUAUUCAGAGACUCAGGAUCAACGUUCAAACUGCAUGUAUUUCAGGCAUGCAGAGUGUAUACGAGUCAGCCUGAACAGAAACUUGAAAGCGUGUUCGCCGAUUGUUAUACAUCCGUAAUUAUGUUAAUACG